AUGACCAUCGUCUCAAAUGAUCCCAGUUGGUGGCUGACAAUCAAUUUUAAUUUGUUGAACAGCUAUUGGAUAGUUGCCGCCGGCGUCGUGGUGGUACACGAUUGGGUCUUAACACUCGGACAAGAGAUUGAACUCAUCUGGAGACAACGCUGGUCUCUCAUGACUGUGCUGUAUUUGAUUUGGAAUACCGUAUUUUGUUGUCAAUAUUCUGGGAAAUAUGCCGCUGGUAUCGCUGACAGAUGCAGCAUUAUCGUGUACUACGUAUUAAAUGGCACGGUUGUGGCCUUGACUGUCAUGUUGGGUGUCAUCAUGAUUGCUCGGUUGCAUGCCAUGUAUCAGGGAUCUAGAACGAUGCUUAUGUCCCUUAUUAUCAUUUUCCUGGCUGUAAACAUCACCUGCGGAGUGAUCAUGGCAAUAAUAAUGAAGGAUACUGUAGGAGAGGAGCUGAUACUCUCUGGCAUUUAUAUGUGCAGUUCUCAAUUGGAAGGCAACUACCUGCUCCUCGGAUCAAUGUUUUGGAUGCUCAACACUGUUUGGGAGGUCCUCGCACUGUGUCUUUCAGUUUGGGUUGCUGUGAAACACUUCCGUGAGCUGCGACGACUCGGCCCAUCGACAGGAUCUACCAUCGGAGACUGUUUCAGAGUGCUGAUACAAUCUCAUUUCUGCACAUAUCAGCUUUUUGGUGUCUCUUGCGUCCAGCUUGCUUUUCUCUUCCCAGAAAUCCCGAAUUCGGAUUCUAUUGGAGUUUCGAUACUCGGCGGUACUCUUCAAAUUUGUAUGGUCAUUCAGUUGUUUGUGCUGGGACCACGCCUCAUCCUUAGCGUUCGAGAAUACCACGCCAAACUCGUGGCAUACUCCGACGCAGAAUCUAGCAUGAAUUCGAUUGUCUUCCAGGAGCAUGGAGAAGAAAUUUGA